UUGGUAUUAGUGUGGACCCUUAACUCGUUGGACACAUCGGUAUGUUCCCUUGUGAGUUUUCAGUGAAUCUGUGAACCCAUAUGGUUCCCUUUGUAUUUAAAAAAAAUCAAGAAAAGGAAAUGCGGGUAAAAUCUUUAAAAUAGUCUGAAAAAACUCUGGCUCUUUGACACUGCAUUUUAGUUUCGUGUUUAAUUUACAUAUUUAGUUCAACUUUCCUGAUGUGUAUGUAAUAACCUUAACCAAAAAUUUGUCGGGCUUGCUUUGAUAUGGGAAUCUACCGACGCAGAAACUAAGGAUUUGUUUAAAGUUCCCAACAUUAUCCUUAAAAAAUAAAACGACGGAACUUCUACUAAAUAAUUGCGUUUGGACAAAUUGUGCUGAUUUUUAUGAUGAGCGCAGUCUCUGUGAGAUUACUAAAUCUGCUACCCCCAAAGCCGUUAAAGCUGCAAUGUGCCGUAUCUCGCACACGAAAAAGUGUAACUUUAACGGAUUUGGGGGUAAUAAAUUUUUAAUUCUCCCAGAGACACGCAGCUAGAAUAUACUGACAGUCAACUCAACAAUUUCAUAGUUUGCUCACGUUGGUGCGAACGAACUAACUAAAGUCAUUCCUAAAAUCAUCGGCUAUGCAAAUUUAUUGUUUACAUACUUGCACAAAGUGAGGGUGGGUCAUUAGUUUCCGGCGAAGGUCUUGACGUGAAUGAUUUUUGAUUGAAAAUGGUUUAAUUGUGCUUAAGAUAGUAAACCACAUCUUUGCAACAAAUUUUCAAAUGGCCAUUUCGAAGCUUAGAAAAAUUCGCGAGCGCCGAAGGCGCGAGCGUCUUGGGGCGCAUCAAUAAGUUUGCCCACCCUCAUGGGUGGCCUAGUUUAGGCACUGAGUGUAACCAAAUAAAAGUCUAUGUCUAGGAUGUCGUAUUCUAAAAGUGGGAUAAAUAAAUAAUUUGAAUGGAAACUUUAAGGUAACUUUAACUUCAAGAAGGGCUGCCUCACGGAUAUUCAUAUAUACUAUAGAUUGUUUAACUUAAAGGGUGGCGACGCAAAAAUACUUAAAUAUUUAAUUACUCGUUUAUCUAAAUCUCUAUGCGCACAAAAGCUACAAAAACUCGAGAACAUCGGUAUGUAUCCACCAAUAAUUGUGAGAUAACACAAAUCGAUGAUUGUGUUCCAUAUCAUCGUGGGAAAAUAAUAAUUCGACAAUUGUUUUGUCUAUACGCACAUAAAAAUAUGAAUGGACGACAGUUAACUCCCCUACUUUAGUUGCAUUUUGCCUUUCGCCAGUCCCAGCUCGGAAAUAAUACACAUUGCCAUCGUCUAUAUACAUUUUUUUUCAAAUGGAAUUCUUUUCUAAAACGUGGGACGUUGUGCAAACAGUUGCUACGUCAAUUACCUCAAUAACGAUUGAAAGUAAGGUGGAUGGCUCGCAAAUUGGUACCUGGAACUCGGAAACAAUUUCGUCAGGAUGCUCUGUUAUUUCAGUUACAGAGUCAGGAACAGCACUGCGAUUGUCGGCUGAUUAUUAUGGAACACCAGAAAUUCAUAAAAUGCAGGAAAAAGGGUUUUUAUUAAUCACCAAAAUACGAGGAAACCAACCUUCUCGAUCGGACCGGAUUGAAUUAGCACUUUGUCACGAUAGAGGAACUGGUCGCGUGUGUCUUAAACUUUUACCAAACGACGACAAUUCAAGUUCUUCCAGUCAGACAGUGGAAAUCCGGAAAUACUUUCAAUGGCUUCCAGUUAAUGUGACCACUCGCCCAGGGGUUCUUAUGCUAAAAAACUUGGGCAGUGGUCAAUGCCUCGAGAACAUGGGGAUUGGAGCACAAGUUAGAUUAUGCCCGCAAGAUAUGGAAAACAAAGCGCAGUGGUGGCUUAUCAAUGACUUUGCCAGCAUGAUGCAACGGACGCAAAAGACAAUGUCAGGUUUAUCUUAUGAUGACGAUGACGACUGAAUGAAUACAUGCAGUAAAUUAUGUAUGCAUACACAGUGUAUGAUACACUUCCGAGGGCUACUUUACUUUUGUGUAUUUUAGAACAAGAUGUCAUACAUAUAUACCACAUAAAUAUUUUCAUUGGAAUAAAACAUCCUCCCUAUUUUA